AUACACGUGAAGUAACAUAUUCAUUAACACCGCAAGUUUAAACACACAGGGAGGGAAACCAAGAGAAGAGGAUGACAGAUGAAAAAGUGAGUGAUGGAUGAGGAUACAGGACGAGGGAUGAAAGAGGGAGAGAGAGCAUCGAGGGGAGGAGCAACGACAAUAGUGGGAGAUAUGCCUCAGAUUAUCAACCGGUGUCAGAUGCUCUAGAGACAGAUAACGAGGAGGAGUGGACAAGAGCGUGACAGGAGGAGAGACAGAGAGAAAGAGGACGGUCUCCGUGCAUGCGAGCUGGGCAGCAAAGAUGACUGACGCGAAAAGCGUAUCAUCCGUGGAGGUGCCAGAGGGGAAGUUAAUCAAGAAGGGUUCCAUCAAGAAGAAGAUUGAAUCAUUAAGGCGAUGGAGUUCAGCGAGCAUAAAGAGGCCUCCAAAGACUAAGACCAAGACCUUGAGUCUAUCAUCCCCUGUGGGAGAGCCCGAGGAUGUCUGGCUGCAAGAGGGAGACAGGAGAAAGCUGCGACCCAUCGUAGACUCAGUCUUCGGACAGGGGGAGUUGGCCAAAGAACGGAGCGACGCCCCAUUGGCUGCCCAGGGGGGCCUGGGCGGCGCAGGGGAUUUGGACACGGAUGACGAGGAGGAAGGAGGGAGCGAGCGGGACUUUGAUGAGCCCCUGUGCGCUCUGGUUAAGAACUGCAACAUGCUACACGACUUAGUGGGGCCUGCUUGUAUCUUCCUCAGAGAGGGCUUCGCACAGAGCCAGAUUGACAGAGAUCUACGACCAGAGGAAAUGGAAGAGCUGCGUGAGGCGUUCAGGGAGUUUGACAAAGACAAGGAUGGCUUCAUCAGCUGUAAGGACCUUGGCGAGUGCAUGAGGACUAUGGGAUACAUGCCGACAGAGAUGGAACUGAUAGAACUCAGCCAGCAGAUCUGUGGCGGCAGAGUGGACUUUGAAGACUUUGUGGAACUGAUGGGUCCCAAGAUGCUCGCUGAGACUGCAGACAUGAUUGGAGUCAAGGAGUUGAGGGACGCCUUCAAAGAGUUUGACUCCGAUGGCGAUGGUCUGAUCAGCCUUGGGGAGCUGAAGGAAGCCAUGAAGAAGCUGAUGGGGGAGCAGCUGAACCACCACGAGAUAGACGAGAUCCUGCGAGACGUUGACCUCAAUGGGGACGGACAGGUGGACUUUGAAGAGUUUGUGCGAAUGAUGUCUCGCUGACUCUUCACCAAACCUCACUCUACUGCACUAAACACAACAUGGACCAGACUGCACACUGUUAAUGUUCUUGUAAUUCUUCUUCAUGUACAAAGACUUAUUUGUGUCUGUAUCAGUUUUCCGUUACUUCCAUCAUCUCUCAUGUAUAAGAGAAUCCCUUUAACGUGUUACUGUUGUAUGAAUGUUAUAUGUAUUUAAUGCAGGGGUCUUCAACCUUUUUUUCCUCUGAGAGCUAAUUUAACAAAACGAAAGUGUCCGAGAGCUACUCACAGCACCAAGUUGUACAUCGUCAAUAGAGGUCAUCAUUUCUGUCUUACUUUUACGGACCUUUAAUAACAUUUCGGUCACCGCCGUCACUGCCUCUAUUAUAAUCCCGCCAUGGGCGAAGGGCUUUUUGCGCUUUGGUUAUGAUGUGCAUCACUAAACGAAGCCUCUGCUGCCGCGUUGGCCUUCUUCGUCAGUUUGGUAAACAGAGACUAUUGUCUAUUAAAGGACCAGUGUGUAACAAUUAGGGGGAUCUUUUGGCAGAAAUGGAAUAUAAUAUUAAUAACUAUCUUUUCUUUAGUGUAUA